AUGAAAGAAUUAGAAGAAGUUAGCUGCGAGAAUCGUAAUGUUAUAGAUAUUCAACAUUCUAUAACAAAAUAUUUAAAUAAUAUAGAAGAUGAUGAUCAUAGAUGUGGAUCAUCAAAUAUUUCACGAAUAUAUAAUAAUACUGAUAAUGUACAUGGAGGUUUUCUAAAUGAUAUUACGUAUGCUUGGCUAAGUUAUGGUUGUCAUUUAGUAGUUCUUAAUGUAAAAACUGGUGAAAGUACCAGUUCAUGGACUUUUCGAGGAAAAAUCACUUGUGUUUGUCAAUUUCCUGCUCAAUGUGGUGAAUUACCUUUACUUCUUGUUGGUUUAGAUAAUGAAGCAACAAGAAUUAAAGAUUCUAUGGGUUUAUUGUGUAUAUUUGAUUGUACUACCUCUCGUGUUUUAAGAGCUAUUAAAAUGCCAGCUGGUAUAGAACAAGUUUGUAUUGUAUCUGGUGGAACACAAUGGGAAGAGUUCAAUGAUAAAAGACCAGAAAAUAUUCUUAUGCAAAUGGAUGGUAUAGCUUGUGUAGUAUUACGCAAUCUUCAUCAUCUUAUGAUUGAUCUUCAGAGAUCUAUUUGGGAGGUUCCUGAUUUAUCUGUGAUGAUGGAUGAAAUUUCUCCUGCUGAAAUAGAAAUUUUAACAACAAAAGAUUCCUUCCAUAGAAAUAAUAGCAAACAUAUGACUUGCAAUUUGCUAACUCAACGUAUAGAAAAACAUAUUGGCUUUAAUAGAGAAGAUUUUGAAUCUAAUGGUUUUUUAGAUGAAAAAUUAACGAAUACAAUAAUUAGUUCAACAAAAAUUGGUUGUUUAAUAUCAGGAUGUUUAGGCAGAAUAAUAAUAUGGCAAAAUAAUGGUUCUGUGGGAUGGAUUAGCAUGCCUGUAGAUGAAACUAUGAUAAUAACACAUUUAGCAUUGUUAGAACCAACAGAUGAUCCCAGACCUUUUUAUUAUUUAUGGGUGGUUUUUCAAGAUGACUCAUUUAAGAUGCCUCCUCUCUUGAGAAUGUUUGCCUUGUUGUUUGAACGAAAAUAUUGUGAUAGAGGAACCAAUUUAUAUUUUAAUCUGGAAGCUGAGCCUAGUCUUAAAUUUGAGAUCGAAUUAGAUCCAAAAGAUAAAGUGAUUAGUUUGUCUACAAUUGAAAGAGGAAAUAAUCUAGAUCAAACAGAAUCAGAAUGUAAGAGAGGUGAAGAUAGUUUGCUUUUAAUUUCGACUAUAAAUAGAACUUUCUUAUUUGAUUUGAAUCAAUGGUAUAAGGAACAAAUGCCUCAAACUAUUAGUGAAUGCAAGAAUCCAAAUAGCAUAUUAGCCUGUUAUAAUACAAAUAAUAGGUCUUACAACAUGAAUAAUAAUGAAAUAAUAAGUUGUGCUUAUAUUCCUCGCACUCUGCAAGAAUUUCCUAAUAAUAACAUAACUUCGUCAGAAGAAUUAUUCUAUCCAAAUUCUUUAUCUCUUGAAUGGAUAGAAUUAAGUUUAUCAAAACUAACUUUUUGGCUUUCUAGAGGCGUUCAGGCCGAGUUGCUUCGUGAAAUUGCCAUUACAGGCCCAAUUAUAUUAAUGCAACCUUCUGAAAUAUUUCACAAAUGUCUCUCUGUUGGUUUGAUACCUUUCAAUACAGAAGUUUCUUUUUCUAGUGAUCAUAAUGUUCAAAGAGAUAUGUUAUUAUCACUUUGCUUGGAACAACGUUGGGCGACUUUUUUAAUCAGAUGUGCUAAAGAAUGGUCAGAUGGAAGUGCCGCUUACAUGUAUCCAAGUUUUUUAAAGUGGGGAAUACAGCGUGCAUCUUCUAUAAAAAUGAUUGCUGAUCAUUUAUGUGUUCCUUUAUUUGACCAAUCAGGUAAUAAUAUAGGAGAAUCCGAAGUAAAAACAUUAAGAUUUUGUUAUCAGCAACUGGAAUGUUUAUCUAACGUAGUAGGAAAACUGCCUUUCGAAACCAAUAAUUUAAUGAAACAAAAAAGAGCAUUGAAACGAGUAUCUAUGUAUUUCAAAGUACUGCUAUGGUUUUAUGACGUAGGUUUAUUACCUGAAUCACAAAAUUUAGAUGAUAGUCCAUUACCAAUUUCUCUUACUCUGAAGAUUCCAUAUCCAUUUGAAAAACUGUUCACUUUAUAUAAAGAGAAACGAGAAUCAAUUAAAAAUAAUAAUCCGAAAGACGAAAAAGAAGAAGUACUUUUCAUAGAUGAAUUAAUUAGUCGAGAAUGUCCUGCUUUAAAUUUACAAUGGGAAAGAGAAGCUGGAGAUGCAAAUACUAAUGGUUAUUAUCCUCCACCUUCUUUACAGUCAUUAUUAAGAAGUUAUUUGACUGAUUGUGAUCAAACAGAAACAAAUGAAAUUGAAUGUAAACAUCAAAUUACUAUAUAUCUUUUGAUGGAUUUAGCUAUGUUAUUGCAAGGAUCUUAUCCUGGAGUUGAUCAAUUAAUCAAAUAUCCUUCCUCUUUUAAAAUGAGACCAAGUCUUAUAAAACUUACUCAAGCUUUUUGGCUACUUGAUCAUGAAGACUAUCAUGGUUUUCUGGAUAUGAUGACUGGUCAAUUAGUUAGUGAUUCUGAUGUCAAAGAUUGGCAUCAUAAACUUGUAUUAAAGACAUUGAUAAGAAGUAAUCAACACAAAUUAGCUUUAAUGUAUCUACGUAUAAAAAAACCACCUUUGUCAUCAAUUCAAGAUAAAAGUACAUUAAUAAGUUUAUCAGUAGAACAUGGAUUAGUUCAAUCUGCUUUUCAUCGCAGACCACACUCACAUUAUACACAGUUACUUACGUGUUUCUUUCAAGCUUGUAAAAAUUAUGAUAAACUCGGAGAUAUUUUACAUUUGGCUCUAGACUCUGAAGAAGAAGAAAUGUUUGUCAAAUUUCUGGAGGAUUCAAAAUCUGAAGAUAUAAAAUUAUUAUAUUAUUUACAGCGGUGUCGUUAUAUGGAAGCAAAUAGUGGAAAUUUGAAUAUGUGGUUCAAUUCUUCUGUUUCUAAAAAUAUGCAUACCGAUAUGUUAAACGCCUAUAAUGCAACUUUACCUGAUGUAGUGAAGCGAUUUUCUGUAAGCAUAAAUAAAACAAAUUUAGAUACAGGUUUAGAAUCCAGAUAUCCCAGACCCAUGACUCAUAAAAAAAGUUCUCAAAAAAAUUUAAAUAUUUAUGAAACAGUUAUUAAGAAAGCAAAAGAGACUUAUCUUAGAGAAGAAAAAUCUGUAAUUCCUUUUGUCACUGCUCCUUGGGCUACAUUAAAACCAAGUAAUGAGAGAGUUAAUAUAAGCUGUGUAAUGACUCCUAAAAUAGUACAAAAUAAUAGAAAACGCACUUUAGAACAAGUUACACAUGAUGAAGAAGAUAAUGAAAUGAGAACGCCAGAUAGAACAAAGCGUAGAAAGUUGCUGGAUGAUGAUGAAACAGUUUUAAAUGCUGUAUUUAAUACUCCAUUGGUAAAACGAAAAAUAUCCAGUAAUAGAAAUACUCCGAUUGAAACUCCGCAUUCUAUUCUGAAAAUUCGGCAGCUUAUAAGAUCCUCAACUUCUCCGACUAUAGGUAGUUUACAAGAAGAAAUCAUGGAAAGUCCUGUAUUAGAUAAAGAGCGUAAAGUUAAUCGACAAAUACGAUUCAAUAUUAGUCAAUCAAAGAAAAGUAGUUCUGAUGACGAAAUUAAUGGAAAAGAAGAUUUUUCUAAACUUAAUACUUCAGAAUUAAGUGAAGAAGUUUUUGAAAGUCCAACAGUGAGUGAAAAAUCUUCAAUUGAAAAUGCAAUCUUAUCAAAUAAUGAUUAUACUUGUAAAAAUGUUUACACAGCUCGACCUAGACCAAGUCUUAGAAGAACUUAUUUGCAAACAUCCACAGAAUCUAUAAACGAAUCUUUAGCUAAUUAUUCAAAGUCAAAAAAUUAUGUAAAUUCACAUUUAAAUACUUCUUCAGUUAAUGUAUUGGAUGAUCAUUCCAUAAAAAAUAUCCCACAAAUAUCUAAAAGAUUUUCUAUGUUAUCUUCUUCCAUUCAUUCUACUGCAAUACUUUCUCCAGAUAGCAGUUUUGAAACAAAUGUUUCUUUAAAAAGAACUGGUGAAAAUGAAUUUCAAUGUUUAUCAAAAAUUUCUAAGGAACAGAAUACUAAUUGUAUUUUUGCGUCGACUCCUUUGAUAAAAAGUUCUAUUCCAGAAGAAUCGCGAUAUAGUUCAAAAGAAUCUAUAAAUACAGAGAUCGAAAAAGAUAUUAUUCCAGAAAUGCUUUGUAAAGAUGGAAAUAAACUUUCAGAAAGUAUACAUCAAUCAAAUCAUUUAGAAUUAUGUGAUGAUGAAAAAUUAAAAAAUGAAAAAAAUAAUUAUAAGGAUGUUUCGAGUGUUAAAAUUUUGGAAACUAUUAGAGAAAAUUACAAGAAUAAUGAAGAAGAAUGUAAAAAUAUUUCUAAUGUAAUGAAAAAGAAUUUAAAUCAUUCAGAGAACAAAGAGCAAUGUUAUCAAUCAUUUCGCGAUAAACCGAAUGAAUUUAUUCACGACAUUGAAGAAUAUACAAGUUCAAAGAAUGGUGAGCAUUUUGACAUUACUGAUGAUGAGUCUUCAGAUAGUGAUAAUGAGAUAGUUUUAGUUCUUGAUGAAAUAGAGAGUAAACAAAAACAAGAAUCGAAAUCAAUACCUUCAGACAUUAAUAAUAUAUAUGAUGAUUUAAACAUUACAGAUGAUGAAUCUGAUUCCAAUAUGGAAGUACAAGAUACUCUUCAAAGAAGUGUUAUAUCUUUAGAUAGACAAGAAAACAGCCAAUCCAAAUUUUCUAUAAAAAAGAAAGAAGUAGCAGAUGAAACUAAGAUAAAGAAAGAAUCAAUACGACUUGAUAACAAUAAUUCUAAUAGAAAAACAAGAAAGAACUCAGUCCAUGAUAUACCAGAAUGUACAAAUUCAAAAGAUAUUGUUAAUAUAUCUACUUUAAACUUAGAAGUUACACCUAGAAUAACCAGAUCACGUAGAGCUUCUUCCAUAACAAAAGAAAUCAAUUCAUCUCCUUUAAGUUCACCUUCUAAAGUUCCAUCAAAAACGUCACGGUCGAGACGAGCCAGUUCGCUUGUGAAAGAAGUAUUACUUGGAUCUAUAGUAUCUACAGAUGAAAAUAUUAAACAAACGAUCUCUUCUGGAUCAGAAGGAUUAUCUGAAAUGUCAACUCCAAAAAGAACUAGAGGUAAACGAGCAUCUUCUAUAACCAAAGAUGUUUCUAUAGAAACAGAAGGUGAAGAAGUCAAGAUUCCAAUAAGAAGAAGCAGUAGACGUUCUGCUUCAGUACAGAAAGAGCUAGAACCAGUAAAAUCUUUAUCAAAGAACGAUGAAAUAUUGUCAACAUCUAAUAUAUCAACAGAAGGUAACAUGAAAAAAGUUCAAACAAAAAGUACAAGUUCAAAGAUGAAACAAUCUUCUGGAGGAGCAAAAAAAUCGAAUGCAAAUUCUUCUAAAUUAACAAAGGAAUAUAAAACAAAUGAACAAGAAAUAGAAGAAUCAAGUACUAUUAAAUCGUCAAGAAAACGUAGUAGUUCUGUAUCUAAGGAGACAAUUAGUCUAAUACAAAGUCGGAGAACUAGUAAUGUAACUAAGGAAAUUAUCUCACAAGAAAUUAAAUCACCAUUAGAAGAAAUAGAAGAGCAGUUUUUGAUGAAACAAGUAAUAAAUAGACCAACUGCGAAUACACGUAGUCGUAGAUCAUCGAUACAGUCAAUACCAGAAGAACUUGAAGAAAUUCUAAGCGUUCCAUCAAAAAAGAGAAUAUCCACUGCAAAUAAAAGGCAACAGAAUUCCCGAAUGAGAAGAGCAGCAAGUGUUGAUUUAUCGCAAACAGAAAUAAAAAGAAAAACCAGAAGUACUCGGAGCAAAGGAAUCUUUGAGGAGACAAUAAUAGAAGAAGAAAUAAUAGAAACCACAAAUCCAGUAGAUGAUUUUAAUAAUAAAGAAGUUGUUAUGAAAAAAAAGCGUACUACUUCAGAUUCCUCUAAUCAAAAAAUAGAUGGAUCAAGGAAAACUCGAAAAUCAAUAAAACAAGAUACUAAGGAUAAAGAAGCUAACCAAUUUUUAUUUUCACAACCAGAAAAAACAAAAGAUCUACCAUUGGAUCAAAAAGCAAUUGGAGAAGUUCCAAAAUAUAUGUUUUCACCUCCCCAUACUAGAUCAAAAACUACAACUUCCGAUCUUCGUAGGAAGAUAAAUUUCAUUCCGAUAUUGAGUGAUGAUGAAGAUGAGGGAGAAGAUGGAAAAGAAACACAGAAUAUUAUACGAAAAACCACAGAAAUGAGAAAGCCAGGUUAUUAUAUUCGAUGUAGAACCAAAUUUGUGCUACCCAUGAGAUCAAAACAUACAUCAAAUUAAAUAAUUGUAAUUUUAUGAAUAUUUUUUAAACUCCCUUUUUUGCUCAAUCGUACAUUCAAUAUUGUCCAAUUUUAAAUAAUUCACAACUUACAAUAUAUGAUAGAUAAUAUACAGUGCUUUCUUCCAAAUAAUAUGUACAGUUAUAUGUAAAAAAAUAUGCAGUUGUUUUUCGAAAUACUUGGUUGCACAGGGAGAAAAAGAUGAAUUAGAAAUUAUAAUAUGUGGGACCAUGUGAAACGAAACUUUUGUUACAUCAUAAUGAUGCAAAGUUUAUCACAGAGCAAGAUUAAUUUCUAAAAUAUACAACAAAAGAAGCAGGUAGUUUUUUGCUAUCAAUUUAAUAAUAUUCAGUAUAAGGUAUAUUUUAUCAGUAAGUAAUCUCAUAUGAUGUUAAUUGUAUACUAACAUAAUAUUUUGCAAAGUAUAUUUUUUAAAAUUAAUGUUUUAUGUAAAAGAUUAUUUUGUAUAAUCUAUAAACUUUUUUUGUUUAAUUAGUUUAAUUAACAUUUUUGCGCCAUAAAAUGAAGUGUUUUGUUCUAAUUAGAGCCAUUAAGUUCCUAAAUGUGUGGACAACUGUACAGAAAAGAUCUUUCACUGACUUAUAUUUUCGGAGUAUUAAAACAGCAAAGAAUUUCAAAAAUGUAUUAUAAAAAACAAAAAUAAUUAGCAUAUUCUGUAAAUUGUAAAACUAAUUACUUUUAUAUUCAUAUGGCAAAUAUAUUUGUUACUUUAAAUUGAUCCUUUCUUUUUAUCGUAAUAAGUUCAUGGAAUGAAUUAUUGUCGUGUAUUUGUACGGGGAAUUUUGAUGAAAAUGUGUAUCAUAACUUUGUAAAUAAUUUAUUAAUAUACCAUGUAUAGAGCUGUAUUCAUACAAUAAAUGUAAAAAAGAAUUAAUAUUAUCACUAUUGAAUAAAUUUCCAAUCACCAUAAAUAAUGAGUUAAGCUUAAAUAUUGAAGCAAUAUUAAAUAAUAAUACUAUAAAUACUGCGCGUCUAUAUUAUAAUAGAUUAGUAAAAAUUAUAACAUAAUCAUUAAAUUUGUUUUUUAAAAUAAAGAUUAUUAAAUUUACGAAGCACUUUUUUUAUAGCACGCAUUCGUAACUUCAUUUUUCAAAUAUUUAAAAAAAAAAUAUAUAUUCUCAUGUUGCUAAUACUAAACUUUGUCUAAUGUAAAAUGAACGUUAUGAAUGUCUUCUUUGGCAGUAAGUUAUUCUUGGUUUUGCCUUAAA